AUGCUUUUUAAUAAGUCAUUGUCUUCUACAAUGACGGGUGUUUUCUUAGCGAUAUUAUAUUUUGUACAAUGUUUUGCGCAAGUUAUGUGUACAAAUGGAACCAAUGUUACUAAUAAUAAGAUAGAUAAUAAUACAAACAAUAACGAAGAUAUAAAAUUCGACGAUCCCUCUCGUCCGAGCCUGGCGUACCCUACUUCUUUGUCCUUCCUUUUUAUAUUUACCACCUUGCUGAUUGGUGUUGUGGUGAGAGCGUUUAUGCUGUGGACCGAUUUUUGUCUUCCGUAUAGAGUUAUCAUGUUCACACUUGGCGGUAUCGCCGGAUUCUGUGCAAAUAGGUACCCCAGCUUCAAACCAGUUGUGGAGAUUUGCUACCUCGAAAUAGACGUUAUUUUAUUAGUUUUUCUGCCAGUGCUUGUGUUCAGCACCUCUUAUGCGGUCGAUUCUCACUCUUUUUCGAAAAGUUUCCCACAAAUUUUACUUGUAGGUGUACCCGGUACUCUGUUGACAUCUUUAAUGUUGGCUUUCAUGGCAUAUUAUUUGAUUGAAUCAUCAUGGAAUUUUCCCACUGCCGUUCUAUUUGGAGUGGUCUGUGCCCCAAUUUACCCAGCGGAGGUGGUGAAACAAUUAAAGGAGUUGUCUAAAGGAAAGUAUAUUAGUGUUUUGCUACUAGGAGAAGGGUUGAUAGGUGAUGCAACUGUUAUGAUAGAGUUUACUGCAGUGUUUGCAUAUUUAGCUAUGGCGAUGAGCGAAGCAUCUCAAAUAUCUCUUCUUCUGCUUCGUUUUGCCGGAGGUGGAAUUAUUUUGGGAGUAAUUAUGGGCAGAAUAACUGCUGCUUUACUGUCGAUAACAUAUAACGAUCUUCUAUGUGCAGUGACUCUAACUUUAUCUGCAGCAUAUUUGACAUAUUACAUUGGAGAAAAAUUCUUUUACGUUUCUGGAUUGUUGGGGACAGUCAUAGCGGGUGUGAUCAUAAGUAAGAGAAAAUCUGCAAUCGCCGGAGAGGUUGAGCAAGUUGUGUCACAUUUCUGGGGUAUAUUAUCCCAUGCAGCCAAUACUUUGGUGUUUACAAUGGUGGGAGUGGUUAUCUUUGAGAAGGUCAGUUAUGUUAUCAGCGUCCGUCAGGUUUCACUGGUCUUCGUGACGUAUUCCACGGUCUAUUGUUCGAGGCUCAUGGUUUAUUCGGCAAUGACGCCCAUACUCAGGCAUAUAGGUUAUGGAAUAUCGUGGCAGCACUCCAUGGCUUGUGUAUGGGGAGGGUUAAGAGGACCUCUUUCGCUAUGUUUGGCAUUACACGUACUACAAACUCCAGGAGUGGCCGAUGCGGGUGAGAUAUUUAUCAUCCAGGCUGCUGGCUUAGUACUUUUGUCCCUGCUUAUUAACGCAAUUACAAUGGGAAAAGUUCUGAAGAUCUUGGGACUAGCCGAGAUAUCGCUAGCUAAGAAGGCUAAUAUGACGAACUGUGUUAAACGUAUCAUGAUGACUCGAGACCGAUGUAUUUCAAUGCUAAAGAUGGACAAGUUCUUGGCUGAUGCUAAUUGGGAUCUCGUGCAACAAGGUACCACAAUAAAGCAUCCGUACCAAAUACAAAUGUCCAACCGUGACGACGACUCAGAGGAUGAUACUUAUAUGGGCUACCACUACACCACUUGUCCGGACUGUGAGAGAGAAAUACCCAAUGAGCCAACUAAGAAGGAAUUUGCGGAGAUGAUGAGGGAGGCAAAUCAAAGAGUUUUGAAAGCUAUGAAGAUAUCCUACUGGCGACAAUACGAGCACGGAAAAAUUAGCAAAGAUGGAGUGCGGACUCUUGUCCAAGCAGUAGAGGUUGCCGCUGAUUCGGAUGAUGGUAGAGUCAAUCUGGAACAAUUGGGGACUCUAUGGAAGCCAAAGGCAUACGCAGUGUGGCUACGACGUAAGCUAGUCAAAAUGAUGACUCCAGAAGCAGCUACAGUCCAAAUGCCCCACAACUACUGGAGACGGUUGGCUUACAGAAUGGUUUCAAACGUGUGGUUUGACGGAUUCAUAUAUAUCAUGAUACUGUGUAACACGCCCAUUAUAUUGUGCGAAGUUGCUUUAAGAUCACCCACUCACAAUGUCAUUUAUAUUAUUAAGUUUCUGAAUUUAUUUUUUUAUAUAAUAUACGUCUUGGAAAUGGUGGUUAAAAUGAUGGGAUUGGGUACACGCGGUUACUUCAAGUCGCAUUGGAAUAAGUUGGAUUUUUUGAUCAUCGUAAUGGCUACUGGAGAUCUGGUGUUGGAUAUAAUAGACGCGUUGACACCUUGGGACAAAUGGCGAAAUCUUAAUUCGAGUGUACUCACCGCUUCCAAGUUGCUACGGACCUUACGGUUUCUUCGUUUGUGCAAGCUGGCUAGGGUAUCUGUUCCUAAGGUGAUGGCUUAUAUUGAUAGGAUGAUUGAUAUUCAAUUGGCAUUUGGAUAUGAUGUAGGGAAAGGAUUUGUGACAGCUGAGCAAGAAGUAUGCAAUUUGCUGCCCCAGCUAGUAGACAAUAUACAAAUACAAGAAAAACUAGACAGUCGACUGGAAGCUGACAGAUUAACGGUGACGCGUCAGCUGGGUUUAUUACAACGUGAUAGGCCUUGGACUGCCAUAACGGUGAAGACACGUCAAGCCACUACUUCCACUUUAAACAUAAUGAUUUUGGACACUAUGCAGCUGAAGGAAGAGGGGUUCCUCGAUGAAAUGGAGUAUCGUUUGUUGCUAAAUGCAAUACAAUCGAAAGUGCAGACGUGCCGACAUAAAGGGAGCCUUGUUGCUCCUUCCACGCCUGAGACUCAACUGCGAGCAAUAUCCUGGCUACAAGGUAACGAGAGGGUCGCGGACUUCUUUCUGGAAAAUUCCGAAAUAUUGAAUUAUAAUUUCAAAGACAUUCUUCUAUCGCGAGGUGAUGAGCCAAAAGGCCUGUACAUUAUCGUAUCAGGCCUGCUAGAAGCAACGUACGAGCCCCCAGAAGGUGAUUUCGACGAAGCAAUUCCCAACUACGAGUUUCUGAGUGACUUGAAGUUCAACGACCCAAGUCAGGAUUAUAUAGUUUCGGGAAACGCUGUUGGUGUUCUAGGGGUCCUCACAAACCGUCCAUACAGUUACACAGUGCGGUGUGACACGGCAGUGCAAGCGUACUUCAUCAAGAUGUCCGUGAUCAAGGAAGCUUUUAACCUAUCGCCGCACCCCAUCAUGGGUUUGGAGGCAGCGAUGUGGCGCGAGAUAGGCAUUAAGCUUUCAUUGAUGGUGCUGCCCAGCGUACCCGCGUACCACGGCUGGUCGGUGGAGCGGCUCAGCAUGCGGCUGGAGCACGCUUUCGUGCCCUGUCUAAAGGCAUUCAAGGUGUUCGUAGUAAAUGAGUUGAUGGAAGACAUAGUUCUCAUUGACGGGAUUUGCCAGGACAUGUCCACUCGAGAAGUUUUCCAACCGCCAUGUUAUAUACCGAGGACAGCACACAGGCUGGUAUUCCCAAAGUCCUCGCAGCUGUUGAUAUCGAACACAUGUCCAGAAACGAAGCUCCUGAUUGUACCAGCCAAGGACACCGAUGAACUGGACAUUAUGGAGGACGAAAUCGACGAUAUGCAAUGUGAACUGGUAUCGAACGCAUCGUCCCGGUGCCUAUAUCACAAAGUGGCCCGGCGGCUGUCAAGUGAGUCGCGAGCGUUAACAGUGCGACGUGGCCGCGGCAAACGGCGACGAGCUGGCGCGAGACGUGUCAACUACCGAGAGUCCGUUUGGGGUAAACAGAUAUCGACACCGGCUCUACCAGGAUCUCUGAGCGAAAAGGAGCUUAAUUCUAAGUAUUACAGACCAAGCAUCGAUGAUUUGCCGGAAAAGCUGGAAGCUAACAAAAAUGACCAAUACCCCCUAAAGCUUACAGCAGAAGCAUUCAGCGAUACACUACCUAAAAAACCAUACUCUGAAAGUAAAAAACAAAAUUCUAGAAAUAGAUUCAAUAUAGCUACACUUAACACAAGAUCUCUAAAGUCACAAGAAUUUUUAUUGGAACUAGAACAUGCAUUGGAAACCGUUAACUGGGAUAUUAUAGGCUUGAAUGAUGUGAGAAGAGUGGAUGAGAAAACCGAAGAACGCGACAAUUACAUACUAUACCACAUUAAUGAAAAGGCUGGAAUAUACGGAGUAGGGUUUAUGGUCAAGAAAUACUUGAAAAAUGAAAUAUUAGAGUUUCGAGGAAUAUCAGACAGGAUCGCCAUUUUGAAUAUAAACCUCCCUGGCUAUAAAAAACCCACUUCAAUUGUUCAAAUAUAUGCUCCGACGGAGGUUACCCAGAAGGACAUAAAAGAUGAAUUUUAUAAAAAACUCAACCAAAUUAUGCCGAAUCUGUGUAGAACAGUUAUUAUAAUGGGAGACUUUAACAGCCAAAUUGGAAAGAGGAAUAAAAAUGAGAACAAUAUACUUGGACCGUAUUCAACCGGGAAAAGGAAUGACAACGGACAAAGACUGAUAAAUUUUGCAUCAGGAAAUAACUUACACAUCAUGAAUAGCUACUACAAUAGAAAACAUAAUAGAAAAUGGACAUGGGUGUCACCUGAUGGGAAAACAAAAAAUGAAAUAGAUUACAUUCUCACAAACAAACCAAGAGUGUUUUUAAAUAUUGAUGUUGUUAAUCAACUCAACUACAACACGGACCAUAGAAUGCUUCGAGGACAAAUGUACGUAUUGGAACCGAAAACAUCGGGAAAAAACAUUAGCAAUAAUAAAAAACCAAUACCUUUACCAAUUGCAGACAAUAUUCUCGAAUCAUUGGAAAAUAAUUUAAAAGCAACAAAUAAUGCCAAAGAUGUCCAAGAGAAAUAUGACACUCUCGUAAACGAACUUAACAAAGUCGAAAACAAAGCUAGAAUAAAUAAAGACACCAAAGACAAAAUAGGUCCAGAAGCAAGAAAUUUGAUCAUACAGAGAAAAUCUCUCUAUGAAGACAGGAAAAUAAACAAAAAGAAGAUAGAAAUCCUAAGUAAAGAAAUAAAUCUGCAGAUCAGGAAACAUAGAGAGAAAAGAAGGAACAAUACAAUAAACUAUUACAUAGAAAAGUUGGGAGGAGUCACGAAAGCAUGGGAUGAGCUAAGAGAAAGAACGGCUGAAACAAUAUUAGAUGCUAUCACAGAUUUAUUUAACGAAAUUUUAAUCACAGAAUAUAUACCUCAUCAGUGGACUACGUCGACCAUAGUACUGCUUCAUAAAAAAGGAAAGAAAGAUAAUAUAGCCAACUACAGACCUAUUAGCCUGAUGUCUAACGUCUACAAAAUAUUUUCUAAAGUACUGCUAAACCGCUUAACUCAGACUCUGGAUGAAAACCAACCUAGAGAGCAAGCAGGUUUUCGUAGUGAUUUUUCAACAAUAGACCAUAUACACACCAUAAAACAAAUUAUAGAGAAAUGUAAUGAAUACGGCAUUUAUUAUUAUUUGGCAUAUGUGGAUUACAACAAAGCAUUUGACUCUUUAAAACACACAAGAAUAUGGGAAGCACUUGCAACACAAGGAGUUGAGAAUAAAUAUAUACGACUAAUUAGCAACAUAUACAAAAACAUGAAAGCAAAAAUACGAACAGAAAGAGUGGGAGAUCACUUCCCUAUAAAGAGAGGGUGGAAUAAAUAUGGACUAAACAUCAACGGAAUCAAACUAAACCAUCUAAGAUUUGCAGACGAUUUAAUUCUAAUUUCAGAAGAUCCAAAAAGCCUGCAAGAGAUGCUUGAAGAGCUUGUGUACGAAAGCGACAGAGUUGGACUUUCAAUGAACACUACAAAAACCAAAGUAAUGACAAACCACGACAAAGUUCCUAUCACAGUCAACGACACAAAAAUAGAAUAUGUCGAAGAAUAUAUAUACCUCGGACAGAUAAUAUCACCAAAAGAUCUUACAACAAAAGAAAUAAACAACAGAGUACAGCUAGCAUGGAAAAGAUAUUGGUCACUAAAAGAAAUUUUCAAAAACCCACAAAUACCACUGAAAGCUAAGAAAAAAAUUUUUGAUUCAUGUAUUUUACCCAUCAUGACAUAUGGAUGUCAGUCAUGGAGUUUAACGAAACAUAACCUGCGCAAACUAGAGAACUGUCAACACAGCAUGGAGAGGAGCAUGCUCAACAUCAAGUUAAAAGACAAAAUAAAACUAGAAACAUUACGAAAUCAAACUAAAAUAAAUGAUGUAACACACUGUGUAAGAAAACUAAAAUGGAAGUGGGCAGGUCAUAUGAUGAGGAAUAAUAAAGAAAAAUGGGCUAAGAACGUUACCGAGUGGUGUCCAAGACAAAACAAACGAAAGAAAGGGAGGCAGCGUCUUAGAUGGGAGGAUGAUAUUCGAAAAAUUGCUGGAGUUACUUGGAGGAGAAUUACCCAGGAUCGAAAAGCGUGGCAAGCUCUAGGGGAGGCCUUUGCGGAUACGCAAGACAAUCACAAAACCGAUAAUAUAAAACAAAUGACGGUCACGUUAGCGAAUUCGCCUACGUCGUCUAUACCUAAUCAGCGCCUGGAUUCCGAACAGGAGAUAUAUACGAAUUCGAUGUCUAAGCAAAGGAGAGUAUCUGGUGAAAAGAAAACUUGA